AGCUCUGCAUACACUUCCAUUCAUUUUCAUUUCUCUCUCUUUCUCUCUCUAUCUCAUUCUCUGCUACUUUCUCUCUCUAGAAACUGUCCCUGUCAGACUUCGUCGUUUUUUCACUCCAUCUUCGCGUGUUUCUUCUGUCGAGGGUGAAAGGCUUGUGAGAAGGAGGGGAAAUCUGCGAAUUCACUGAGUUUCAGUAGAGUGUUGGACCGUCUCGAUCGAGGGAUCUUGUUCAGUUAGGCCGAGCUUGCAAAUACUAAUGCAGAAGAUAUAAGAACACUCUCAAGAUUUUUCUGUUGCACAAACGUCAUAGAAUUAUUAUAAAAAAAAAAUGUUGGAGACUCCGAAAUUUACUGGAAUCAUAGGCCUAAACAACAACCAUGAAAACUACGAUUUCUCGCACUUCUACCGCAAGCUCAACGAGGGUUCAAACAUGUCGAUCGACAGCUACGGCAGCUUGCAACUGAGCAAUGGUGGAGGCUCAGUCGCCAUGUCAAUGGACAACAGCAGUGUCGGAUCUAACGAUUCCCACACUCGAAUCUUAGGUCACCAAGGUCUAAAGCAUGUCAACAAUUACUCAGUUGCCGCCAGUGUUAACCAUGGUAGAGUUUCUCAUGGGCUGAGUGAUGACGCCCUAGCUCAAGCCUUGAUCGACCCUCGUUAUCCAACAGAGGGGCUUGGUAAUUACGAUGAGUGGACAAUUGACUUGAGGAAGCUCAACAUGGGCCCCGCUUUCGCUCAGGGGGCAUUUGGUAAGCUCUACAAAGGCACAUACAAUGGUGAGGAUGUUGCAAUUAAGCUACUAGAGAGGCCAGAGAAUGAUUUAGAGAGGGCCCACUUAAUGGAACAGCAAUUUCAGCAAGAGGUUAUGAUGCUUGCAAGGUUGAAGCACCCGAAUAUUGUUCGGUUUAUUGGUGCAUGCCGCAAACCGAUGGUGUGGUGCAUUGUGACGGAAUAUGCCAAGGGAGGUUCGGUGCGCCAGUUUUUGAAUAAGCGUCAAAAUCGUGCGGUUCCCUUGAAGUUGGCUGUGAAGCAGGCCUUGGAUGUGGCAAGAGGGAUGGAGUAUGUUCAUGAGUUGAAUUUGAUUCACCGAGAUCUGAAGUCCGACAAUCUUCUGAUUUCUGCUGACAAGUCUAUCAAGAUUGCGGAUUUUGGGGUGGCUCGUAUAGAGGUGCAGACUGAAGGGAUGACACCGGAGACUGGCACGUACCGUUGGAUGGCUCCGGAAAUGAUACAGCACAGGCCAUACACGCAGAAAGUGGAUGUAUACAGCUUCGGGAUAGUACUGUGGGAGCUUAUUACAGGGAUGCUCCCUUUCCAGAAUAUGACAGCCGUACAGGCGGCAUUUGCGGUUGUGAACAAAGGGGUACGUCCCACCAUACCCAACGACUGUUUGCCUGCACUCAGCCAGAUAAUGGCACUUUGCUGGGACGGUAAUCCAGAUGUCAGGCCCUCAUUCGCCCAGGUCGUGAGAAUGCUCGAGGCUGCAGAGACUGAGAUUAUGACAACUGUCAGAAAAGCUCGCUUCAGGUGCUGCAUCAGUCAACCUAUGACUGCAGAUUAAAGUUGUUAAUGCAUCGGUCGGUAAGUAAGAACAGAGUAAAGAAUCGGAAAGGAUAUGACUAAUUUUAUGUUCAGAUUUGUGUAUUAUGAUAACAAACUGCUUGUUUUCUUUCUCUUUUUUUCUCUUUUUUUUCUCUAUUUUUUUUUAAAUUAAAUGUUUAUGGAUUGAAGAUAAUGAAAUAGUGGUAAUAGAGAAGAUUUGUGUAUUUAUAAAUUUGUCAUGAUUAACUUGUUUAU